GCGGCGGCUGCUGCUGCUGGGGAAUAAAGGUGUCUGAGCGCCGCCGGGGGUUCCGGGAAGCGGGAUGAUGCGGAGACCAGCGCAGGAGAAGCUGUAACGCAGCUGAAUGCAGCCACGUGUUCUCUGUUAUCACCCACAGCGCAGAGAGAUCAUUGCGCACAGAGCCCGGUCCACGUGCUCCUCCUCAUUAACCAGAAACCCUGCAAAACUCUCCGCUGAAUAGCUGAGACCUUCUUAUCCCGUGGAAGGUAAGGAAUAACGAGCAGGUGGAAUCUGCGUAGGGCGCAGGGGCGGGAGGCAGAGGAGCUGCAGACUCGCUCAGCAGCUCCCGGGGCGCAAUCACCUGCCAUGAUAUCGGCCGCCCCGCUCUACAGUGGCGUGCACAACUGGAGCAGUACCGACCGUGUGCGCAUGUGCGGCAUCAACGACGACAGGAGGAAUCCACUGUCUGAUGAGAAGUUAAAAUCCAGUAAUAGCCAGCACCUGGGGUCCGAAGAUCUGUGUGUGAAUAGUGUUCUUUCCAAGGUGGAUUUCAUACCAGCAACCAACCAAAGCGAUGCCCUGAUGCUCCAGGAAGGUGGCGGUGCAGCGGUGGAAUCUGGACAACAGCUGGAGGAGAAACCACCCGAUCCUAUUGUGUCCAAGCCAGCAUUGUCGUUUAAAGCUUGUGAUAACGUCUCACCACCGGAUGGAAAACCAGCUGCGAACAUGUUGGACACGUCUAUCCAAGCAGCUUCAAGCAAACACAGUAAAAAAAUGGAGUAUGCCAGGACUCCGGCGCAGGAGAAGGUAGCAGGGGCGGAACACCCCGCUUUUCAGCCCGCCGGCCCGGAUCCGUCUGUGAAGCAGAAGGCCGUCCUUGGCCCUGGAUUACAAAUUGCUGGUCAGCCGGUGGAGGCUACUCACGCUGUUGUGUCCUCCAGUUUCGGCACUCUUACUCCCUUUACUAUGAGCAGAAUCUGCUUCUCCGCCACUCAGGUCCCAAAUAUGCAGAAGCUUCCUUUGUCCUUCACAUCUGGCACGGUCAUAACACCAACCCAGCCCCUAGUUUAUAUCCCUCCUCCGAACUGUGGACAGCCCCUCAGCGUAACUACCUUGCCGACCACAUUUGGGGUGACAUCAACGCUGACCCUUCCCCUAAUGCCCUCCUGUUUGCAGGAGAGAUGCCUCUUGCAAGCCUCUUCAGAACUUCAUCCUCAUGCAUUUGCUUCUUCUCUGGGAAGACCCUUAAACACUGACUCCAAAGUGGGUCUGGCGGAAUUGAAUAAAGCAGUUAGCACAACCCCUUCCAUUUCCCUCACCAACAGCAAUACCAUUAUUACAUCCUCUGCGGACGGCUCGACCGUCCGCACUGAUCCAUCAUCCACCACUCUAUCUGCUUUACAGACUCUUUCCUCGCAUCCCACCCUCCCAUUGGUCAGUAUGAGCCCCAUUACCCUAGCAACCUAUUCCAGAACCCCUAAUCUGGAACCACAAACAGAGUCUUCAUCCGUUUCCCCGUUAAAGUCCCCUCCACAACUUGAAAGAGAGAUGGUCUCUCCCCCUGACUCCUAUGAAAUGCCUUUGGACUUGUCCUCCAAAUCUCACCGCCAUAAACACGCCCCAUCUAACCAACGGAAAACUCCACCUAUGCCAGUGUUAACCCCAGUGCACACGAGCGGGAAAGCCUCACUCUCCACUGUCUUGUCCAGGUCCGACUGCAGUUCUCAGCGUCCCGUGCAAAACAGCUUCACCACCACCACCAGCAGCGUCCAAGGCGGGCCCCCGUUGGUAAUGUUUCCGGAGUUCUUGAGGAAUGGGGAUCCAGUGUCAACACAGCUUGUGGGAGCUUCUGGGUCUUGGAUUAAAAAUUCUGCUGCUCUAAUUAGUACUAUACCCGGUACUUACGUAGGGGUGGCCAAUCCAGUGCCUGCCUCGGUGUUGUUGAACAAAGACUCUAGUUUGAGCCUUAGCACGGACUCCCAGCUUUUGGCAAAACAGGAGCCAAUUUCGAUAAUCGACCAGGGAGAGCCAAAGAACUCAGGGUCAUGUGGCAAGACUGGUGUAGAUGGCAUGCAGCCCACAGAAAAGCGGCACUUUCACGGACGGCCUACUACAGUGAACUCUUUAUGUCCUUCAAAGGAUUGGACCUUAUCUGGACAUGGGACGGUGCACCCAAAGUGUCCCUUAAAUGGGAAGCCCAGCAAUUCUCAGGUUCUGCCGGUUAGUUGGUCUCCAUACCGUCAGCCGUCACUGCUGUCCAUUGGCAUACCACCCGCAGGCACACUCCGUUCAAGCCAAGGUCCUCCUCAGAGACUUCCUGUAGGAGAAUACACCUUAUUCUCCAGCAUUCUUCCAGCGGAAUCCAAUGUGACGCCUCAAAAGAGCGUCGGCGAAUCUCCAUGUAGUGCUCAGCAACAAAACGCACCGACCGUUGCAGCCACGGACAAUGAGACGCCGGCAAAGCAAAGGACAUGCGAGACUCUUUCUAAACCGCGUAAAUCUCGCGUAAGUAAAAGUUUGCUGGCCCCGAAACCUGCUGCAGGAGACACCGUUUUAUACUUUCCACCAGGUGCGGCAGGUGGUCCGCAUGGGGUAGAAGGAAGCACCACCUUAAAUAAAGUUCCUGACCAGCAGAACUGUAAAGACAAUAAAGUUCGGCCAAAGUUGACUUGCAGUCGGAAGGCCUUUGGGGACACCAAGCCAAAAAAUAAAGUUUUGGCCUCUUACAUGACCAAUGACCAAGUGACGGCGAGCCAACCAAAAGACGUCAGUCACGACUUCUCUCUCUUGAGCCAGGACUGCAGUAAAAAGGACUCCAUUACGGGCGUGUCGCAGGAUCAGCCUGUGCCCCGCAAACGCAGCCACAAAAAAGCGCCCCCUGUAGACACUCUGCAUUGCGUGCAGGAGGUAGACUUGAGCAAAGUCAAAAUCGAGAGGGUGGACGAUGAUGAGAACUUUGGCUGUUUGCCAUCUUUUAACAAUUCAUUGUGGACUCCUGUGGAAAUGCCACCAAUUACCAAAGUUAAAGCUAGGGUUAAGAAAGAACCGGGGUUGAGAGGACGUUUUAAGCAUUCAGAAGAGGUCAGCCCGACCAGGCCCGCUCAACCCAAGUCCAAGAGUAAGCAGAAACAAAAAGACGUGGACAAAAGCGUGCAAGAACCGCAGAAACGGAAGUGGAAGAGGCGAUUGACCACCAGUCCCGAAAAGAAAGAACACAAAGCAGCCAAGUCCAAGAAGGAGCCGGUGACUGUGCGGACCAAAAGGCGGAAGAUAAUGACUAUAAAGGCCGAGCCCUAUGACCCAGAGUAUGACCUAGCCACGCCGGAGAGAAAACCCAAGAACAGUUUCAGAGACUUCAUCCCCGUUGUCUUAAAGAGCAGAACCCGCAGCCAGACAGGUAACUCUGGAUUCUUGGAGCUUGGGAUCGCCGACGCGGAGAGCGAGAAUGAGGAGGAGAUGGGUCCGCCUGGCAAAAGGCGUAAGUCCAGGAAGGCGUAUAAAACCCGGCGACCGCGCAGGUUCACGGCUGUUAAAGAGGAGCCGGAGCCAGAACUGAUCAGCCCCAUGCUGCAAGACCCCUGGGAGCUCUCCACCAGAGGCCUGUACGGCGGAAAGUCCACCAUAGCCUCCGAGCAGGACGGGGAAGAGGAGGGUCCUUUGCGGCGGAGGAAGAGGAGGCGUCAGAAGAACCGUAAAUAUCAGAAUGGGGAAUAUCUGACUGAGAAAGAGGAGGAGGAAGUGUCUCAGUGCUGCCGGAGGAGGAGGAGGAGGUCCAGGGCAGACUUAAGUAAACGGAACCUGUCGCCAGACCGGGACAGUGAGACCUGGAAAGGUAAACGCCCUCUAACUUCCCGCAAGAAACAGAGACAGAGCGAUUUCCGCACCGCCUCUUCCAGGGGCGGCCCCGAGGAUUCGCCCUCCGCACAGUCGCCAGAAAAACCGUCCGGAAAGCGCAAAUGCAAAACUAAACACCUUGGGGGCAACGCAGAUGAGGAGGUGAAGGGAAAGGGCAGGAGAAGCCUCCAGUCCCCCAGGAGCACCCCCAUCAAAUCUCCCCGGAAGAGCGCUGAUCCCGGAACCCCCUGCAGAUCCCGACGUACCAGCACUCUAGGCUCCUGUGACACCCCCAGCGCCCAGCACAUUCCCCCCGAAGCCAGGAGGCUGAUUGUGAAUAAAAACGCUGGGGAGACCCUGCUACAGAGGGCGGCGCGGCUGGGAUAUAAGGACGUGGUGCUGUAUUGUCUGCAGCGAGAUCUGGGUGACAUUAACCACAGAGAUAACGCUGGAUACACCGCUCUACAUGAAGCCUGCGCACGUGGCUGGACCGAGAUCUUGCAGAUCCUGCUGGAUAGGGGAGCUAAUGUUAACUGCAGCGCACAGGAUGGCACCAGGCCCAUACACGACGCCGUGGUCAACGACAACUUGGAAACGGUGUGGCUCCUGCUGUCCUACGGAGCAGACCCCACGCUGGCCACGUAUUCUGGACAGACCGCCAUGAAGCUGGCCAGCAGCGAGUCUAUGAGGACAUUUCUAAACGAUUACCUCUCUGACCUGCGAGGCCGGACUGAUGGCGAUCCUCGAGCAUCCUGGGACUUCUACAGUAGCUCUGUGUUUGGAGCGAAGGAUGAAAUUGGCCAUGACGUUCUCCUGGAUGCGUCUGAGCCCCCUGCGGAGGAGGAGAAGGGGGAGAAGGAACAGGAAGACCAGUUCUUGUUUGAGUUCUCGGAUGCACCACUCAUUUCCUGUUACAACCUGCAUGUCUCUCUAACUAGCGGACCCAGCAACUGGUUCCUGAUCUCCGACGUUCUGAAGAGACUCAAGUUGUCCUCCCGAAUAUUCCAGGCUCGGUUCCCGCACUUUGAAAUCGUCAGCAUGCAGAAGAAAGAGUUCUCUAGCCAGGUGCUCUCUAGCCAGAUCCUCACCCCUGCCGAGGGCAUGGACCUCUGGCCACAGGACAGCGGAGAGACUAUAGAGUUGAUAAAAUACGAUCCGGAGCUGGUGCGGCUCUUGGGCUCAUCUGUGGAAUUCCAGCCGGUCACCAGUUGACGGCUGACCCAGGACUUGUGUGCAAGUACCUACCGCUGCAUCGGAGGCAAUAACCCAGAUCAGGGGGUGGCGGCCUUAGCAGUGCCAGAAACCGGUGAAUGGAUGUUUUGAUUUGAACAUUUCCCUCCCACCCUUUCUGUGACGUCUGGCUUUCCUGUACACACCUCCAUUUGCGUUAUCUGUUCCCACAACCGCCACGGUUAGGAAAUUUCCAGCACAUCGCCGGAGGGCAGUGAGUUAACCUCACUGGACUGUUCCCUGGUGACUUUCCUGGCGCGUUUUGUCGGAGCGGCCCAUCUUCCUCAAUCCGCCAUCUGUGUCUUUCCUACGCCACAUUACCUGUGCUGAGCGAUUUGUCUCUGUGACCCCUUCUGUUGGAUGUUUUUACUUCCCCCCCCCCCUUUGUUCCAUGAGUUUGGUCGACUUGUGUCCGAACGGCGUUUUAGAAAAAAAAAAAAGCUAAAAAAAUGAACUGGUUCACCCACAAGACAUUAUGGAUCAAUUCUCAUCACUCAGUACUAGGAUAGACAAUCAUGGAUUUUUGUCUGAAGACGCUUGGGAUCGAAGCCAACCACAGCCAAGGACCCUGUAAAAAUUUAGAUGCUGUAAAUUAUUAUGAUUAAAUAUUUUCUUUCUGUCCUUCCUUAAAUUCUCUGAAUAUGCUUUCUAAACGAGUAGGUGCAAACCGGUGAUGACGGAGGUAGAAGUAGACAGAGCUUACCUAUCCUGUAGCAGGACGGUCUUGGACUCGCUCUACACGUAGAAGACCAAGCGUUCGUACGUGCUCGCCUACUGAUGACACUCUAACGACACAUGGUGUGGCUGAACGGGUUUACCGAGGACAGCGCAACGGCAAGCUAAGAACAGGCAGGCUCUGGAACAAGUAGGGCGAGCCGUCGGCACUCUCCAGCGGCGCCUGGGCAAUGCCGACACCACUAGACGCUUCAGCCCUGCUUUCUUCAGCGGACUCGGCAAAUGCGUAGUCAGCAUGGCUAUAGACUGGGGAGGAGGAAAUUCGUGUGAAUGUGCUCAGGGCUCUUCUUCCCACUAAUCCGAUGCUUCGUACUUUUUAUAGCAAAUGCUCAUUUUAAAGCAAUUUGGAGUGAAAGGAAAAUAGCGUGAGACUGAUUCCUGUAAGGAAAGGAAAAGAGACAGACAAAUGAAAUCACAGAGCCCCUCGGCGCGGGGGCCGCCGUGUGCUGCUCCACCGGAACCACGCGGCACUUUAACUUCUUGUGAACUGAGAAUUUUCUUUUUAUUGUAAAUGGUACAGUUUUAUUGUACGGGUGCUAAAAAAUACAACAAAAAAUAUUCACUUGA